UCUUCCUCCUCCAGUCCCCCAUCCCCAUCGCCGCCGUCCCUUUCUCCCUCCCUCCUCGCUCGCUGGCUAGCUCCUCCGACGUCCUCGUCGCUCACUGGACUCGAUCUCUCACUGUUUGAUCGGCGAGCUCGGAAUCGGUCGAUCGGCUCGCGCGUGUGCGAAGAAGAAGAAGAAGAAGAUCGGAUCGGAGCUAGCCAGCGAGCAGCCGGCCGGGUCGCAGAGGCGUAGAUCCAAGCUCGGGGACGGCCGGUGGAGCGAGCGAGCAAGGGGCAGGUGCGCUCAUGGUGAGGUUCUAGGGUUCGUGGGAGGAGGAGGGUAUAGCUAGCAAUAGCAGGCGGGAUGAUGAUCCCGGCCGGCCGGAACAUGCCGGCGGCGGGCAUGAUCGGCGGCCUCGCCAGCUACGCCGCCUCCCUCGGCCAGAACAUGAUGGAUGGGCAGCAUCAGCUCGUGGUGAUGCAGCAGCAGCAGAACCAUGGCCAGCAGCAGGCGGCCACAAGCGGGAGUGACACGCACGGCCCACGCCAUGAUGAGCUGCUGAUGGAGAGCAAGUCCGGCAGUGACAACAUGGAGGGUGGCAUCGGGUCGGGCUCCGGCGGGGAGGAACUGCAGGAGGAGGACCUCAGCCUGCAGAGGCCCCGCAAGAAGCGCUAUCACCGCCACACCCAGCACCAGAUCCAGGAGCUUGAAGCCUUCUUCAAGGAGUUCCCACACCCUGAUGACAAGCAGAGGAAGGAGCUGAGCCGGGAGCUGGGCCUGGAGCCUCUCCAGGUCAAGUUCUGGUUCCAGAACAAGCGCACCCAGAUGAAGACGCAGCAGGAGCGGCAGGAGAACACGCAGCUGCGGGCAGAGAAUGAGAAAUUGCGCGCUGAGAAUGCACGAUACAAGGAUGCACUCACCAAUGCUGCCUGCCCCAACUGUGGCGGACCUGCCACCGCUGUCAUCGGUGAGAUGUCCUUCGACGAGCACCACCUCCGCAUUGAGAACAUGCGCCUCCGUGACGAGAUUGAUCGCAUCUCAGCCAUUGCUGCCAAGUAUGUCGGCAAAUCCGCCACCGGCAUGCUGCCCAACUCAUCCAACAUCUCCUCAGUUGUGGCUGCGCCCUACCCGCCGCCGCUCUCCACCCACCACCUCAUCACUGGAGCAGGGGACAUGUUUAGCAGCCUCCACCAUCAUGGAGCCGCGGCAGGAUUCGACAAGCCGCUGGUGAUCGAGCUCGCCGUGGCUGCUAUGGAGGAGCUGGUGCGCAUGGCCCAGCUCGGCGAGCCACUAUGGGUCCCCGCCCUCAUCGAUGGCGCUGCCACUGAAACUCUCAAUGAGGAGGAGUACGCUUGUGGAUUCCCCAGGGGUGUUGGCCCCAAGUCUCCGGAGCUCCGCUCUGAGGCUUCGCGGGAGACUGUCGUUGUGAUCAUGAACCACGUCAACCUGGUUGAGAUGCUCAUGGACGUGAACCAGUGGUCGACACUGUUCUCAAGCAUCGUGUCACGAGCUGCCACGCUUGAGGUGCUCUCCACCGGCGUCGCUGGCAACUACAAUGGCGCGCUGCAGCUGAUGACGGCGGAGUUCCAGAUGCCGUCGCCACUGGUGCCGACCCGUGAGAGCCAGUUUGUGCGCUACUGCAAGCAGCACGCAGACGGCGGCUGGGCAGUGGUGGACGUGUCCCUCGACGGCCUGCGCACAGGCGGGGCAGCGGGCACGCGCGGGCGGCGCCGCCCCUCGGGCUGCCUGAUCCGGGAGAUGCCAAACGGCUACUCCCGCGUGACGUGGGUGGAGCACGUCGAGGCGGAUGACGCGAUGGUGCACGAACUGUACCGCCCACUGGUGAGCUCCGGGCUGGCGUUCGGCGCGCGGCGGUGGGCAGCGGUGCUGGAGCGGCAGUGCGAGCGCCUUGCCAGCGCCAUGGCCAGCGGUGUCCCCGCGGCACCUGCGGGAGGUGACACGGGCGUGGUGACCUCGGCGGAGGGGCGGCGGAGCAUGCUCCGGCUGGCGGAGCGGAUGGUGGCGAGCUUCUGCGGCGGUGUGACGGCGUCGACGACGCACCAGUGGACGACGCUGUCGGGGAGCGGGCCCGAGGACGUGCGCGUGAUGACGCGCAAGAGCGUGGACGACCCCGGGCGGCCGCCCGGCAUCAUCCUCAAUGCGGCCACCUCCUUCUGGCUCCCCGUGCCGCCCGCCCGCGUCUUCAGCUUCCUCCGCGACGACGCCACCCGCAGCGAGUGGGACAUCCUGUCCAACGGCGGCGACGUGCAGGAGAUGGCGCACAUCGCCAAUGGCCGCGACCACGGCAACGCCGUCUCGCUUCUCCGUGUCAACAACGCGAACUCGAACCAGAGCAACAUGCUGAUCCUGCAGGAGUGCUGCACGGACGCUACGGGCUCCUACGUGAUCUACGCGCCCGUGGACGUGGUGGCCAUGAACGUGGUGCUCAACGGCGGGGACCCGGACUACGUGGCACUGCUGCCGUCGGGGUUCGCCAUCCUGCCCGACGGGCCCGGCGCGGGCGGCGGCGGGUCGCUCCUCACCGUGGCGUUCCAGAUCCUGGUGGACUCCGUCCCCACCGCCAAGCUCUCCCUGGGCUCCGUCGCCACCGUCAACAGCCUCAUCGCCUGCACCGUCGAGCGCAUCAAGGCCGCCCUCGCCGCCGACCCCGCCGGCGGCGGCGGCGGCGCCCGGUGACCACCACCCCUAUGGGGAUGAACGAAUCUGGAGAUUGAUGAAGAGCGGGUCGAAUCAAAAUCAAAUCAGAUGGAACUGAGAUACGGGAGGAUCCGGCAAUGCGGGGAGUCAAGAACGCACCGCGUGCUCUCCUUGCAAGGUGUUGCCCUUCUGAUUCAGAGGUAGUAGGCGAGGGGCGCAACACUUUGCAAGGGGGUUGGUUCGGGCAUUGACUCUCUUCCUCUCUGUCCUCCCAUCCGUCGACCUGCCACUCUUUUCUCCAGGGGUUGUAGUAGAAGUUCAUCAGCUUAGCAGCUAGACCAUGCAUGCAUAGCUUUUAAUUGGAUUAGUUCUUCCGUUGUAAUGUGUCUGUACCUUGCUGUGUUCUCUUCUCUGCGUGCAUGGAGGUUAAUUCGACUUUGAAGGUUUCAAAAGUUUGAACCGGUUAAUUGGACUGUUAUUUUUUAUCAA